CUUCAACCGGAGCUGUUUCCACUGAAAAGAUUGCAACCACCACCAAAACAAUUAGCACACCCGUGACGAGUAUCAUUAAUAUGUCGUACUCUGGAGAGUACGCGUCUGCUAUCGGAUGAGCAAACUUUUCUUUUUGUUUUUCCGCCUCUCUGUACGCUUUGGCUUUAUAUUCGUCCGAGAGCGACGAUCUUCUCUUCCUGUCUUCGAGGCUAUCCGUCCCGCUCUUCGAAUAACCCGGAUCUAAACACGUCCUGUUUUAGAAGAUUGCUCUAG